ACGCUUAUGACAGUAAACAGUAAAACAGUAAAAUACAAGGUGGUUAAUGUAAAAGAGUCCUGAAAGAGUUUUAAUAUUAAACAAUAAAAUAAUUACAAAUACUAUGCAAUGGCACAGUGAUAUAUUGAUAUAUGAGGUUUCAUUUCUUUCUGGAGCCCAAAGUGUACUUUUAUAUGGCAUAAUGAAAGGGGGGUCGCGCAUGCGCAGUAUGCAGGACUGUACACGUAUAGGCGCACCCUGGUGAUAAGUCGACCUCACUGACAGGAUAGGACGUCAUGACGCACGGAAGACGCUCGCUGGAUUUGACCUCAUCUGCAGGAAGUGAAGCGUAGACAGUUCGGGCAACUCCGUAAGAAAAGGGAAAAAAAUAGAAAAAAAAAAAAAAAAAAACGAAGGAGCGAAAACUCGCCGAAUUUCUUCACUUGAGUGGUUUUCGGACUCCACAAACCGCCCCGAGUGGAGGAAACCCCCGGGAGAGGGGAAGCCAAGUCUUCGCGAGCGGGAAUGAUGGAGGAUUCCCAUUUUAACUCCUACUUCUGGUCUCCAGUGCAAGGACAGAUUGAGAAUGCUGUGUUUCUAAACAAGGUGAAAGAGCAGCUGGGCCAGCAGGACAAAAACCCUGCCUAUCCGCAUGGCUCCUCCCACUACCCCACCACAGCGGUGGUAGCCGUCGCCGGAGCUAUGGAUGCAGCAGGCGGGGGACGAGCGCUGAAGCAAGAACAGGCGCAUCCACCCCAUUCCUCACACAGCAUCACGGUGGUACCCGUGCCAUCCACCGGAAUCAUGACAGCUGCGGGAUUAGUCACUCUGGUGUCUCCGGUGUCCUCCGCUCCAUCUCUAAUCCCUGGGCAUCCAACAACUACUAUGAUCACGGUACACACAGAUAAGAAAGAGGACGGCAUGUCCUGCUCCCCCGUUGUCAUCCCGUUACCAUCGAAGCGAGGGAGGAAGAAGAAAUCCACACAUCCGUUAGUGGGCUCCCCGACAGGAAAUGAGUCGCUGAUGCUCAGUCACCUGGCUGGACAGCAUCACCCUGCCGACCCCUACGACCUCUCUGCUGACGAAGGACCUGCUGGAAAGGAGGGAGCAAAGACGUACAGGUGCCGGAUGUGCGGCCUGACGUUCUGCAAUAAGUCAGACAUGCAGCUGCAUUCCAAGUCGCACACGGAGGUGAAGGCGCACCAGUGCCCACACUGCUCCAAAUCCUUCGCUAACUCCAGCUACCUGGCGCAGCACAUCCGCAUCCACAGCGGCGCUAAGCCCUACAUCUGCUCCUACUGCCAGAAGGCAUUCAGGCAGCUCAGUCACUUACAGCAGCACACACGAAACCACACCGAGUCCAAGCCCCACAAGUGUCCGCACUGCACGAAGUCGUUUGCCAACACCAGUUAUUUGGCCCAGCACGUGCGGAUUCACACCGGAGUGAAACCCUACACCUGCUCCUAUUGCCAGAAGACCUUCAGGCAACUCAGCCACCUACAGCAGCAUCACAGAAUCCAUACGGGAGAUCGGCCGUAUAAGUGUUCCCAUCCAGGCUGUGAGAAGGCCUUCACUCAGCUAUCAAAUCUUCAGUCUCACCGUCGCCAACACAACAAAGACAAGCCAUUCAAGUGCCACCACUGUAACCGUGGUUACACGGACUCGGCGAGCCUCGAGGUUCAUCUGUCAACCCAUACAGUGAAGCAUGCGAAGCUGUACUCCUGCGGCCUAUGCAAUCGCACCUACACUUCGGAAACGUACCUGAUCAAGCAUAUGCGGAAACACUCUCCGGACCUGGUACCAACUCCACCAUCUGCAGCUCAGCAGAGCCACAGCCCCGCUCAUGGAGGAGCAGGAGGAAGUGCAGACGGAGCUGCAGCAAGUCGUGGUGAGAGGACCAACCCUUACUCGCAGCCAGACGGAGUGCCAUGUGUAUUUGACCUGCAGCAGUACAAACCAGUGUCGGCGCCAGACGUUUCCUACAAAACGGUCAGCGUGUCUGAUCUGUCUUCUCACAAAGACCUGUGCAUCACAGUGGAGGCCUCAGCCAUACAAGUGGAACACCUCAGUUCAUGAGUCAGGAGAGGCCUAUGGGAAGAAAAGAGUGAACACAGACUAUAAACAGAGGUGGUGCAGCGAAAACAAAGGAACAAUGACGUGAACUUAAGUGACCUCUCCAGGUACGAGAGGCCUAUCUAAAGUAGGAAUGAGAAGAGGGGAAAAAAAAAAAAAAAAAAGGAAACGCAAGGACGAUUCAAUUAAAUAUAUGCUGAUGGAAAGGAAUUUCCUACUAGGCCUACUCAUGUUUGUCGAAACCAGUACAGUCAAAGAGGAGAUAAAAUAUAGGGGGGGGAGCCUCUUUUUUUCUGUUUUUUUUUUUUUGUUUCUUUGUUUGUUUUUUCACUUUCUUGGUUCUUCACAGAUAUCCUGCUCUUCCUGAUUCCCAUCUAUGGCUAGACCUAUUGAAAGCUUUUUAUUUAAUACAAGUGGUUGUCAUUUGUAGAUAUUUCUAUCUACUCGUACACUACGAACUUUACACUCUGUUAAACGGACAGUAUACGAACAUCUCCGAUAUGUUGCGCAAUAUGCAUGCGAUCUUUUUGCCCUUACAUUUUCAAAAGGGAAAAAAACAAAACAAAAAAAAGCAGUUUUCAAUUAGGUUGGGGGAAAAACAAUGUAUAUCUUGAAUAUCUAGUAUAUUGUGUGUAUGUGUGCAAGUUAAAGGAUGCUUUAAAGUAGUGGUUUAAAAAAACAUAAAAUAAAAAAAAUUUAAUAAAAAAAAAGCAGGAAAAAAAAAAAGAGGAACUUGAGAGGAACUCUGCACCAGCCAGUCACAAACUCUCCGAGUCCUGGCAUGAUGAACUUUUUAAUAAUAAUCCUCUUCACUCUUCAUUUGUGUGGAUGAUGUAAUACGCUCACUCUUGUUAGUCUACCGCUACUUCAUCUUAGUAUUAACUCUUGUAAUCGACCCUACGCCCUAUCAUAGUCAUUAAUACGAUCAGAGUAGAAUGAAUUAUCCUUUGAAAAAAAAAACAAUAAUAAAAUGUAAACCGUG